UCUAAACUGAAAUACCUCAUCAUCUCUCUUCACCUCUGGCCCGUGUAACAUCUGUGCAUGUCACCGUCAGUACAAACCAUACUCAUGUUCUGAUACCCUGUCCUUUCGAGCCGCGUGCAUGAAAGGCACACUGCGGGCUGACAAGCUGAAUAUAACCCUUGACUUCUCAGACUGUCCUCACGAACGAACAACGCCGGUCUGCGCUCAUUGUGAGCAACGACAAGGACUUAGGUCCAUCACCUUUUUUCUGCGAUACCCUCUCCACCGAUCACAUGUUGCGUGUUCGCCGAGUUCGUCUCUUCUAGUUCCCCUCGUUUCCACCUGUCACUCCAAUGGCCUCUUCAAGGACAUCCUCCCCGCUACCAAACGGAGGAUGGUCACCACAUGUGCCGGUUGAACGGGGCUCAACCCCGAAUGGCCUUUACGCAGGGGCAAAUGGCUACAGCAGUAACGACGACCAGUGGGCGGCGGCAAAAGCAAGGAGUGCACAGGUCAGAGGGUAUCCCACCAUUCAGACAAGAAAUGAGGGCUUCUUUCAACGAUCACGACGAAAAUUGACCUCUACACUCCCUGUGUUCAACAGUCCUUACAUUCCGCUGUCAGCGAACUGGAAAGAUCCGGAGAAACUGGGUCGUAGUCGGUGGUCUCCAAGAGGUGGUAGCAGUCUGUCUAAAAUAAAGACUUUUGCAGGGAAUCUGCUGCGGAAAUGCAAGUUUCUGGUUAUAGUCUUGUCACUCGUGACGUUGACAACUCUGAUCAUGUCACAGACAAGCUUACUGUCCAGUAUUCGAAGCAAUUCUCACCUCGGCGGAGGCAGUAAAUUUGUCAUCGUUCUGGGGGCGAAUGAAGGCGGUGGUGUCAUGGAAUGGAAAGGUCCCAGGGAAUGGGCCAUCGAGCGAGAUAGUGUCAAGAACAAAAAGAGAUAUGCAGAAAGAUGGGGAUACCAACUCGAGAUCACCGACAUGAGCACCAAGAAGCGGUAUGCUCACGAAUGGCGAGAGAGCUGGGAGAAGGUCGACCUCCUGCGGAACGCUAUGGCGAGGUACCCGAAAGCUGAAUGGUUCUGGUGGCUUGAUUUGAACACAUUCAUCAUGGAGCCCUCACUGUCGCUGCAGUCACAUAUCUUCAGCAACUUGGCCAAAAAUGUGUACCGCGACAUUAACGUUUACAACCCGCUCAACAUCACGCAUCCUCCAGAAACCCAAUUCCUCGAUCCAGUUUCCAGAUCACCCACGGGCGACAACCUAACCUCUUCUAUCGACAUUAUCAUACCUCAAGACUGCAGUGGAUUCAACUUGGGAUCCUUCUUCAUCCGACGUUCUCCCUUUACAGACCGCCUCCUAGACAUGUGGUGGGAUCCUGUCCUUUAUGAACAGAAGCAUAUGGAAUGGGAACAUAAGGAGCAAGAUGCUCUGGAACAUAUUUAUGCAUCUCAGCCUUACAUGAGGACCCAUUUCGCAUUCAUUCAGCAACGCAAGAUCAAUGCUUUCCCUCCUGGAGCUUGCGCCCCUGAGUCUAAGCCAGGAGACAAGGUCGACCCGCAGAAGCCGAUUACAGACGCCCGUUUUCACUACAGCGAAGCAGAUCGUGAUUUCAUGGUCAAUAUGGCGGGAUGCGAAUGGGGACGAGAUUGUUGGGCGGAAAUGUACAGCUACCGCGAGCUCAGCAACAAGUUGAACCGUUCAUGGUGGCAGAAGUUCAAGGAUACCUCGUCUGAGACUUGGUCAAGCAUUAGGGCUAAGACCUCUGGAGGAGCAAAGCCGGAGAAUGACGAAAAAGAAGAGGAUAAGAAGACGGCACAAGGCUGACACGACUCUUGAUUUGCGCUUAGGAGGUAAAGAGCUCCUGAAAUUGUGACAAGGUCGACAUCACUAUGGCCAGCAGCGUUGGAGAACAGAACGAGACUGGGUGCGAUGUUCUCCACACCCGUCCUCAAAAAUUUCACGGCAUUGGCGAGGAGUCUAUGGGAUGUUAUCAGGGUUUCGUCCCAGAGAUUCAAUGGGGGAAAAUUACAAGUGCCUUUUUUGAGCUUAUUAGCGGCCGGGCUUCUGCUGUGCGGUACACGGAUCGGAUUGAUACACAUACUGGAGUUGGAGAGUAUGACUUUCUUGUCAUUGUUAACCUAGAUAUGAAACGAGAUGCUUGAGGAGGGGCAAAAAUAGACCUCACGGCAUGGGCUAGAAAUGUAACAUUACAGAGUGACGAAUCA